AUGUCACAAUAUAUCGGGAAAACCAUUUCUCUGAUCUCCGUUACCGACAACAGGUACGUCGGUUUAUUAGAGGGAAUUGACUCCGAGAAAGGUACAGUAACUUUGAAUGAAGUCCGUUGUUUUGGAACAGAAGGCCGUAAGGGUUGGGGUCCCGAUGAAAUAUAUCCAACUAAUAAUAUCUAUAAGUCAGUUAAAUUUAAUGGGAAUGAGGUGAAGGAUUUGAGUAUUUUAGAAGUAAGUAUUGAAGAUGUUCAUCCAGUUUUGCCACCAAGUGCUACUCCUGUGGUUCCAGUGCCAAUUGCUGAGCAACAGGCAGCUCCACCGCAAGUACCACAAGCGAUGGCUGGUUAUGGUGUUUAUGCACCAAAUCAAGGCGGUAUUACAUCAACUGCUGAUCAAUAUCAACAUCAACAGCAAGCGCAACAACACCAACAGCAACAAGAAGAACCUGCUCCUUCUGCUGCAGCCGUCCAUCAAGAAGAACCUGCUCCUAUCGCAUCUGUACCUACAGAAGAAGUUGCAUCUCAAAAUGAACAGCCAAGAAAAGAACAACAACAACAACAACAACAACAACAACAACAUGUAGAAGGCGAAGAACCAAGAAGACAUGAUCAUCAUCCCCAUAAUAACGAACAUAAGAACCAUUCUCAUUCUCAUACGAGACGUUCUCAGCAAAGAAAUAUUGAGAUCCCAAAGUCAGAUUUCGAUUUCCAAUCGAAUAAUGCCAAAUUCACUAAACAAGAGUUAUCCCAGUCUCAUCAUGACGCCGUCGCUGAGCCCGUUGCCUCUACUAUUGAACAAACUAUUCAAACUCAAACAGUCACUGCUCAACAAGCUGCACAAGCUGAUCCGGAAACUUUCUACAACAGGAAAUCAUCCUUUUUUGAUACAAUUUCGACUUCCACCGAAACUAAUACAAACAUGAGAUGGCAAGAGGAGAAAGUAUUGAAUUUGGAUACUUUCGGACAAACUUCUGCAAGACCAAAUUUCCAUGGUGGUAGAGGUGGUAGAGGUAGAGGCAACUAUAGAGGUAGAGGUGGUAGAGGUAGAGGCAACUAUAGAGGUAGAGGUGGUAAUAGAGGUGGUUAUAACAAUAACAAUAGAAAUAAUUAUCAUAGUAGUAAUGAUGGCCAACAGUUUCAAAGUCAAUCACAACCUCAAGUGGAGUUCUAG